AUGAAGUCAAACACCUUCGUCUCUCUGCUUGGUCUCUCUGGUAGUGCUCUGGGCGCUGCUGUCGCCCGGGACACCCAGGAGCCCUGGGGAUACAAGUCCGGCUCCAAGGAGUCAAUUGCCAACCUGAAGGAUAAGAUUGACAAUGUUGUCUGGCUCCUGCUGGAGAACCGUGCCUUCGACAACAUCCUGGGUGGUGUCCACCGUGAUGGUCUUGACAAUGUGGUCAACAAUGGUCCUUUCUGGAAUCCUCAGCUGGUUAAUGAGACCAGCAGCCGCAAGUGGUACAGUCAGUUCAAGGACUACGACUCUGUCGCCCACGACCCUGACCACUCGGUGACUGGAGUCAACUUUGAGUUCUUUGGCACAUUCACUCCUGACAAUGAGGCCAUUGCCAGUGGUUCUCUCACACCCGACCUGAAGGGUUUCGUCGAGCGCCAGAUGGAUUACUACCCGGCUAUCACCGCCGAGCGGGCUCAUGAUGAAGUCCUCGGAUACUACUCCGAGGACGAGAUCCCCACCCUGGUGGAUCUGGUUGAUGAGUUCACUACCUUCAACUACUGGCACUCCUGUGUCCCUGGUCCCACCAACCCCAACCGUCUCUGUGCCCUUGCUGGUACCUCUGACGGCCACGGUGAAAAUGACGAGGACUUCCUUGACUCCGGCAUCGUUGGUGUGAACAACAUCUUCGAGGAGGCUACCAACAAGGGUAUCUCGUGGAAGAACUACGACGGUACCAACGGAGAUUUCCUUCCUGACUCUCUGUUCUUCAACUGGACCGCCAACAACGCCGCGAGCAACGUUGUUCCCCUGGAGGACUUCUACCAGGAUGCUUACCUGGGUCUGCUUCCCAAGCUCUCCUACAUCAACCCCUCCUGCUGUGACCUUAACACCAACUCCAUGCACCCCAGCGGAAAUGUGUCUUUCGGUCAGGUUCUCGUUAAGCAGGUCUACGAUGCCGUCCGUGCUGGACCCCAGUGGAACAGCACUCUCAUUCUGCUGACCUUCGAUGAGACUGGUGGUUUCUUCGACCACAUUGCUCCCCCUCUUGCUGUCCGCCCCGACAACAAGACCUACGUCGAGACUGCCCCCAAUGGCCAGAACUACACCCUGAACUUCGACCGUCUGGGUGGUCGUAUGCCUACCUGGUUGAUCUCCCCCUACGCUCCCCAGGGUUACAUUGAGAACUACGGCACCAACCCUGCCACUGGCAAGAGCGAGUCCUACAGUGCUACCUCCGUUCUCAAGACCCUUGGCUACCUCUGGGACCUGGAGGACUUCACUCCCCGUGUUUCCAACUCCCCUGCCUUUGACCACUUGAUUGGCCCCAAGAUGCGCAAAUCUACUCCCCAGAACUUGGCUACUCCCCACACCUUUGCCAAUGCUAUCUAG